CAGCGGGCGGGCCGCGCUGUAGGCUCCAGUUAUGCGGGUCGCACGGACUCGGAUCAGUAGGACCACGGGUCUCACCGCCAGCGCGGGGAUUUGCAAAGCCCGGGACGCACGCCGACGCGUGAGGGCCCUGGAGUCGGGGCUGACGGCGCCUGGAAUGGGAGUGCGGUGCACGCGGCCACCACGUGGGCCUUGCCCUGGGCGCCGGCUCCAGGACGCGAUGCUCAGGCUGCGGAGCAGCGGCCCAUGCGGCAGCUCUGUGCCUAAGGUUUGCAUUUCUUCCUUGUUUUAUCUUGAACACAGAACAAUGCCAAAGAAAGUAAAGCCUGCUGAACAUGGGAAGGAGGAAGGGCCUGUUCCCAGUAAACAGGCAAAGGUGGAGGCAGUCCGAGGGGCUUCUACCUUAAACUUCGAUGACCCCAGUAGUCUCUUUGGAAGCUUAAUUUCUCCCAUUAAGACAGAGACUUUUUUUAAGGAGUUCUGGGAGAAGAAGCCCCUCCUCAUUCAGAGGGAUGACCCUGCACUAGCCGCUUAUUACCAGUCUCUCUUCAGGCUAACAGAUCUCAAGAGUCUGUGCGGCCAGAGUUUGUACUACGGAAGAGAUGUGAAUGUGUGCCGGUGUAUCAAUGGGAAGAAGAAGGUUUUAAAUAAAGAUGGCAAAGUUCACUUUCUUCAGCUGAGAAAAGAUUUUGAUCAGAAAAGGACGACAAUUCAGUUUCACCAACCUCAGAGAUUUAAGGAUGAGCUUUGGAAGAUCCAGGAGAAACUAGAGUGUUACUUUGGUUCCUUGGUUGGCUCAAAUGUGUACAUAACCCCUGCAGGAUCUCAGGGCCUGCCUCCUCAUUAUGACGAUGUCGAGGUUUUCAUCCUGCAGCUGGAAGGAGAGAAACACUGGCGGCUCUACACGCCCACGGUGGCCCUGGCACGCGAGUACAGUGUGGAGCCUGAGGCCCGGCUUGGUGCGCCAACACAUGAGUUUACAUUGAAGCCAGGUGAUUUGUUGUACUUUCCCAGAGGGACCAUUCAUCAGGCGGACACUCCUCCAGGGCUGGCCCACUCUACUCAUGUGACCAUCAGCACUUACCAGAACAAUUCAUGGGGAGAUUUCCUUUUGGACACCAUGUCGGGGCUUGUGUUUGAUACUGCAAAGGAUGAUGUGGAGUUACGGCGUGGAAUACCCCGACAGCUGCUCAUGGUGGAGACAUCAGCUGUUGCAACAAGAACAUUAAGUGGCUUUCUCAGGACUCUUGCAGAACGGCUGGAGGGCACUAAGGAACUACUUUCAUCAGACAUGAAGAAGGAUUUUGUUAUGCACAGACUUCCCCCUUACUAUGUAGGAGAUGGAACAGAGUUAUCAACACCAGGUGGGCAGAUACCGAGGUUGAACAGCACAGUGAGCCUACAAUUUAAAGAUCACAUCAUCCUCACAGUAGGGCCAGAUGAGAAUGGAUCUGAUGAAGCUCAAGAAAAGAUGGUUUACAUCUAUCAUUCUCUAAAGAAUAAGAGAGAGAUACACAUGAUGGGAAAUGAGGAAACUGAGUCUCAUGGACUUCGGUUUCCUUUAUCACACGUGGAUGCACUGAAGCAAAUAUGGGAGAGUUCAGCUAUUUCUGUCAAGAAUCUGAAACUAACUACAGAUGAGGAAAAGGAGAACUUGGUACUGUCCCUGUGGACCGAAUGUUUAAUCCAAGUAGUGUAGUGCCUUUCCACAAGCAAACGAUUGCUGGCUUCUUCUUUUUUUUUUUUUUUUAAGGGAAGGUGUAAGUGCUAGGCAGUUACUCUUGUUUUGAGUCCACCUACUAAGUAGUGGCCAAACACAUGACUCCAAAACAGAAUGUCACCAUCCCUUUAUCUCUCAAUGUGUCUGUCAUUUCUGUGAGACGUACGGGUACUGAUGAGCAAAUGGAAGAAAAAACAGUGAAGUAUUAGAUGUCCCAAAAUGUGACCAAACCAUGCUUUUGAAAGUUUAUUUCAUCCAGUGUGGUAGAAAGGGCACAACACCAAUAAAUGUAUCAUGUAGAAUUAAAUGUCAUUAACCUGA